UAUUUUGCCAAUGGAAUAAAAUAAAAAUGUUACGUGCAUGUGUUGAAUUUUAUGCUGGGACAUCAAUGCGGCCAAAUCCUAAAAAGAAAAAAACGACGAUUGCCCCCGACGCUGUUGCCAUGAGGUAUACUGUAUUAAAAAAACGACCGGAAAGCACGGUUUUCAGAAGUCCGGAAGACAACUCAAAUAGAAAAUAAUCAUCUUGUUAAAAUCAAAACAAAAUUCAUUUUAUCCGUAUUGUUGUUCAAAAUAAUAUGUAUAAUUUAUAUUUUCGAAAUAAAUAUAAAAUAUUGACUUUCAAGGCAUAUUUUUAUCUCGCAAAACAUAAACUUAAUUCCGGAAAGCGUCACCACCAUGGCUGUUUCGUUAUAUUGUAAUAGACCGGCAUCGAAGACGUGUUUGUUUACAUUAUUUCGCGAUGACAGAAGAGAGAACUGAUCGUCCUCCUUGAAGUUUGGCUGAUGGAUUUGUUCAACAGAAGAUGUUAGCAGUAGAAACAGAAUGCCAGGGACCGGGCCCAAGUCUUUUCAAUGCGUUGCUUGUGGCAAACGUACACGGCCAAAAGAAAGAAGAUUUGUGAACACUGAUGUCUACAAAGGCUUUAUUCAGCAUUUAACCAUAGAAGUUGCAGCAAAUGACGUAACAUGUCAAACAUGUUUUGUGAAAUACAAAAGGUCAGCAAAAACUGUAAAACCUAAGUUGUGUGAAAAUGUGACCGAUAGUGAAGAUACACCAAAAGAUCCGAACUAUGUUCCACCGCCUAAAAAACCUAGAAAUGAUAACCAAUUUAAAAGUCCUCAAAAUAUUCCAUUACCCAUUUUGUCAUCUGGUAACAGUCAUUCCACCUGCUGUAUAUGCAAAAAGAGAGGUUCAAAAUUGAUGACAGUUUCCAUCGACUGCAGAACUAGACUAUUUGUAGAAAAGGGUCAUCUGCUUCUAGCUGGAUCUAGAUGUUGCUGUAAACACCUUGAUUCAGAUAAAUAUUUUAAUGAAGAGGCACUUUGCUCUGUGACCGACAACUCGACGAAUUCUCAGGAAGGCAGCACAUAUUUCAAUAAAACUGAUAUUUCGUCACUAAUUGCAAACAUAAGAGCUAUUGCAGUGCGAAAUGAACGAUACCGAAUUGACUUUGAUAAUAACCAUUCUUUAACUGAUGCUGAUUAUCAGAAUCUCACAGGCAUUACAAAAGCUGACUUCAAUGACUUGUGCUUACUUUUAUCGAGUAGCACAUCCAUUAGAUGUACAAAAAACCGAACAAGUAGAACAUGUAUUGCGUUAUUGCUCGUUAAAUUGAGAACAGGUAUGUCAAACCGACUACUGUCCACUUUAUUUAAUAUAGGAAAAUCUAGUGUGCGCAGGGCGAUUAUGAGUGCAAGACAAUUUCUUUCUGUUAAUUUCACACCAAGAAAUGUGGGAUUCCAGCAUGUAACACGAGAUGACGUAAUUGAACACCAUACAAGACCACUAGCGCAAGAAUUGUUUGGCACCAUGAUCAACAAACCCGCUAUAUUAGUUGUGGACGGCACAUACAUAUACAUUGAAAAGAGUAACAAUUUUCAAUUUCAACGAAGAUCUUACAGCAUACAUAAAAAUAGACCACUCGUCAAACCCAUGGUAAUCGUAACGACAACUGGGUACAUCGUUUCUAUUCUGGGACCAUAUCACGCCGAUUCAAAAAACAACGAUGCUUCCAUACUGAAACACAAUAUCAAGACCAACAUGGAGAACAUGAAGGAUUGGCUGCAGACAGAUGACCUCCUAGUUGUGGACAGAGGAUUUAGGGAUUCCCUGGAGUUUCUGAGUGAACUCGGAAUAAAGUACCAGAUGCCAACAUUCCUUCAGAAAGGUCAAAAACAACACACAACAGAAGAGGCCAAUGCUUCUCGACUCGUUACAAAAAUACGAUGGAUAGUCGAGUCAGUAAAUGGACGGUUGAAGCAGUGGCGAUAUCUUCAGAAUGUCAUGCCGAACACACAGAUACCAGCCAUCGGCGACUACGUGCGGCUUGUUGCAGCCCUGUGCAACCGCUACCGAACACCACUCAACACUGGCACAACUGAAGGUGACCAACUGGUAGCAGCUAAGAUGAAGGUUCUGGCGUCCAAGGGGAAUGCUCUUCAGCAGCGUGUCCAGGAGGAGAAUCUCGACACCCGAAAUCACUCCUGGAAAUCUAUAGAUGUUGCCGAUGCUGUUGACCAGUUUCCCUCCAUGUCAGAAGAAGACAUCAGAAACCUGACUAUAGGAGUGUACCAAGUGAAGCUUGCUCGUUCUUACACAUCAGAGCACUUAAGCGAGGACGGCGACUACACUAUCAUGGUUAAUGAUGAGGUUAAUGGUAUGCUACGUGCCCGUAUUCAAAGUCGACACACCAGUGCGAAGAAAUAUCUUCUUUGGAUUGAGUACAGUCCCGCUGUUGUUUUAGGCUGGUUUUGUCAAUGCAAGACUGGAGCUCGAGUUGUCGGCACAUGCGCACACGUAUCAGCUGUUGUUUGGUAUCUGGGAUAUGCACGACAUGUGGGAAGUGUUAGGGGCGUAAAAGACUGGUCUGCAUUUCUGGAAGACGCUGCUAAGGUUCCAGAACUUGUAGACGGAUCUGAUAGCGACAAUAGUGACCCGGAGGAGUGAUAAGGUGUACAGUUUAUUUUGGUGGAUAUUAUGACAUUGAUAUUUUAUCAUUUCUCAUCGGACGUAAUGUUGAUUAGAUGUUUUUUGUAUCAGCUAUGUGGUCAC